UCCAAUCCUCGCGCGGGGCCCGGGCCGGCGAUGCCUGGCAGGGCAGCGGCGGUGGCCGCGGCUGCUGUUGGUACUACCACCGUCGCCACGGCUGCUGGCCGGGGUCCGGGCCGGGGGCUCGAGGCUCCGCAGUGGGGCUGAGCCCGCAGCCCCGCCCCCCGAGCCUGAGGCCGCUGCUCCGCCGGGCGCCGGGCCUCCUCCGCCCGCGCCUCCGCCCCAGGAGCUGGAGCCAAGCGGGGAGCCCGGGCCCCGCGCCCAGGCCCGGACCAUGCAGGGCCACCGUGCCCCGGGGGGCGCUGGGCCUUCGGAGCCCGAACACCCGGGAGUCAACAACCCAGGCGCUGCUCUACGGGCCUGUGCCGACUCGGACCCUGGAACCUCAGAGCCCGGACUGCCGGUGCCUAGGGGCUCAGGUUCGACUCUCAGUGGCCCGGCAGAUCCUCAGUUUGUCGGACCCGCGGACGCCUGCUCGGGCGCUUCUCCCGGGCCCCGGCUCUUGUUCUGCGGUGCCAGUUCACAACACCACCGGGCCCUGCGCUUUUCCUACCACCUGGAGGGCUCGCAGCCCCGGCUUGGGUUGCACCAGGGAAACCGAAUCCUGGUUAAAAGUUUGUCCUUGGACCCUGGUCAGAGCAUUGAGCCUCAUCCAGAAGGUCCCCAGCGCCUUCGCUCUGACCCAGGACCUCCCACUGAGACCCCUAGCCAGCGUCCUUCACCAUUGAAGCGGGCGCCAGGCCCAAAGCCACAGGUGCCCCCAAAGCCCAGCUACCUGCAGAUGCCCCGGCUGUCCCCUGCACCUGAGCCUAUCCCCCCUCCACCAUCACGACCAUUGCCUGCAGAUCCCCGAGUGACCAAGGGUCUGGCCUCCAGAGCAGAGGUCAGCCCCAGUUCUGCAGCGGUAUCCUCACUGAUUGAGAAAUUUGAAAGAGAACCUGUGAUUGUUGCCUUGGAUAGGCCAGCCCCUGGACCCAGCCCAGGUUCCACAGAACCAGCCAUAUUGCCACAACCACCUCUGCAGCCACCAGUGCCCCAGCUCUCCGAGGGUGAGGCCUCCCGCUGCCUAUUCCUGUUGGCUCCUGGGCCACGGGAUGGUGAGAAGGUGCCCAACCGGGACAGCGGCAUUGACAGCAUCAGCUCGCCAUCCAACAGUGAGGAGACCUGCUUUGUCAGUGAUGAUGGUCCCCCCGGCCACAGCCUCUGCCCUGGGCCCCCUGCCCUGGCCAGUGCCCCUGUUGCUUUAGCUGAUCCCCACCGGCCCAGCUCCCAAGAGGUUGAUAGUGACCUGGAGGAAGAGGACGAUGAGGAGGAGGAGGAGGAGGAGGAUGAGGAGGAAAAGGACAGAGAAAUCUCAGUGCCUCUGAUGGAGAGACAGGAGUCUGUGGAGUUGACCGUGCAACAGAAGGUGUUCCACAUUGCCAAUGAACUCCUGCAAACUGAGAAGGCCUAUGUUUCUAGGCUCCAUCUCCUGGAUCAGGUAUUUUGUGCCCGGCUACUGGAAGAAGCUCGAAACCGCAGUUCUUUCCCAGCUGAUGUUGUCCAUGGCAUCUUCUCUAACAUCUGCUCCAUCUACUGCUUCCACCAGCAAUUCCUACUGCCUGAGCUAGAGAAACGUAUGGAGGAAUGGGACCGCUACCCACGCAUUGGAGACAUCUUGCAGAAGCUUGCACCCUUCCUCAAGAUGUAUGGCGAGUAUGUGAAGAACUUUGACCGGGCUGUGGAGCUGGUGAAUACCUGGACAGAACGCUCCACACAGUUUAAAGUGAUUAUCCAUGAGGUUCAGAAGGAGGAAGCCUGUGGCAACCUGACAUUGCAGCACCACAUGCUGGAACCUGUGCAGCGCAUCCCCCGCUAUGAGCUGCUUCUCAAAGAUUAUCUGUUAAAGUUACCCCAUGGCUCCCCAGACAGCAAGGAUGCUCAAAAGUCUCUGGAGCUGAUAGCCACAGCAGCAGAACACUCUAACGCUGCCAUCCGCAAAAUGGAACGGAUGCACAAGCUGCUGAAAGUGUAUGAGCUGUUAGGGGGUGAGGAAGACAUUGUUAGCCCUACCAAAGAGCUCAUAAAAGAAGGCCAUAUCCUUAAGCUGUCAGCCAAGAAUGGGACCACUCAAGACCGAUACCUCAUACUAUUCAACGACCGCCUCCUUUACUGCGUGCCCAGGCUGCGGCUCCUUGGCCAGAAGUUUAGCGUGCGGGCACGCAUUGAUGUAGAUGGAAUGGAGCUAAAGGAAAGCUCCAACCUCAAUCUGCCUCGGACCUUUCUGGUGUCAGGAAAGCAGCGCUCCCUGGAGCUCCAGGCCAGGACUGAGGAAGAGAAGAAAGACUGGGUCCAGGCAAUCAACUCCACCCUCCUAAAGCAUGAACAGACACUAGAAACCUUCAAACUGUUGAACUCAACGAACAGAGACGAGGAAGAUACACCCCCUAAUUCUCCAAAUGUGGAUCUUGGAAAGCGGGCACCUACACCCAUACGAGAAAAGGAAGUCACCAUGUGCAUGCGCUGCCAGGAGCCAUUCAAUUCCAUCACCAAACGCAGGCACCACUGCAAAGCCUGUGGGCAUGUAGUUUGUGGAAAGUGCUCUGAGUUCCGGGCCCGCCUCGUCUAUGACAACAACCGUUCUAACCGUGUGUGUACUGACUGCUAUGUAGCACUGCAUGGGGUAUCUGGGAGCAGUCCAGCCUAUAGUCAGCAUACACCCCAAAGACGGAGGUCCAUUCUGGAGAAACAGGCCUCAGUAGCUGCGGAGAACAGCGUCAUCUGCAGCUUCCUGCACUACAUGGAGAAGGGCGGGAAAGGCUGGCACAAGGCCUGGUUUGUGGUCCCUGAGAAUGAACCCUUGGUGCUGUACAUCUAUGGGGCCCCUCAGGAUGUGAAAGCUCAGCGCAGCCUGCCCCUCAUCGGCUUUGAAGUGGGGCCUCCUGAGGCAGGAGAGCGGCCUGACAGAAGGCACGUCUUCAAGAUCACCCAGAGCCAUUUAAGCUGGUACUUCAGUCCUGAGACAGAAGAGUUGCAGCGGCGCUGGAUGGCAGUGCUGGGCCGGGCAGGCCGUGGAGAUACAUUCUGCCCAGGGCCCACACUGUCUGAGGACAGGGAAAUGGAGGAGGCAUCAGUGGCAGCUUCAGGAGCCACUGUUGAACCCCCUGAUAUCCCCCGAACCCGAGAUAAAAUCUAAAGGGCUUGGGGGUAACUUGGACCCUCAUACCCUACAUUCUAACUGCCCAUGUCCAUGGGGGCCCAUAAGGGCCCAGACCCCUCACUCCCAACUCAGUCAAUACUUGAAUUCCCAUCAUGGGCACUUUCAAUUCUGAAUGCUGGGUCUGGGUUUUUUAACUCAUCUUUUCACAAAAUGUGGGCUUUUAAAAAAGUAUUACUACAGUGAUAUUAAUUUUUUUAACUCACAUAUCCAGAAAUGGUGGGUGCUAUUACUAGACCUGCCUGAAUUAGGCCAUUUCCCCCAUCCUCUCAACACCCUACAGAUUCCUGCCUCCAACUUCCCUCAAAGCAAUGGAGGCCAGAAACCUGGAUUCAAGUGCCAGCUUUUGCCAUUGUCCCAUGGCCCUGGCCCACCCCUGGCCCUCAGCGGGUGUCUUCAUGUUGGGUGGUGACCAGACCUCUCCUGCCUCUCCCAUUGCUUAC